GUAUUAUUGGACGAUAUAUCCACCCAUUUUUUGUCUAAAAGUAAUUCAUUUAUUUUCUUCCAUUUUCAGCAGUUUUUUGUGUUAUUUUUGUACUACUAGUGAUAUCUAAUAAACAAUAACAAUGUCCGCACAAGACAAUGUGACCACCCCCGAGGAAUUCGUAGAACACGAAAACGAAAGCAGUUACAAGCCUCCACCAGAGAAAACCAUCGAAGAAAUUCUACAGAUCGAUCAGGAGGAUGAAAGUUUGAGGAAAUACAAAGAGGCCUUACUCGGUCAAGCACAAACUGGACCUGUUGUAGUGGAACCAGACAACCCAAAGAAAGUUAUAGUGAAAAGACUGGUGCUAGUAGCGGCCGAUAGACCCGAAUUGGCCCUAGAUCUUACUGGUGAUUUGUCAAAGCUCAAAAAAGAAACGUUCACCAUUAAAGAGGGAGUUUCAUACAAAAUCAGGAUUGAAUUUCUUGUCCAAAGAGAAAUCGUACACGGAUUGAAGUAUGUUCAGAAGACGAGUAAAAUGGGAAUUACUGUCGAUAAAAUGACACACAUGGUUGGAUCCUUCGCUCCCAAGACUGAAAUACAAUCCUACACCACUGCUGCCGAGGACGCGCCCUCGGGAAUGGUUGCAAGAGGAACGUACACAGUCCAUUCGUUAUUUACAGAUGACGACAAGAACGAGCAUUUGAAAUGGGAGUGGACUUUCGAGAUAAAAAAAGACUGGAAAGAUUAAGUUUCCUCAGGGUAAGCAGUCAGUCAGGGUAUUUUUUAAAUCCUAAGCCUUUUACCCGCCACAAAAACUAUUUUAUAUAAGUAUAACCUUUUUGAAAGAAAUUUACCAAAAAAACCUUUUUGAACUUUUUGCUGAUGUAUUAAAAAUGAGUCAGUAUUUUGCCUUAACUGUAAAUUGUGUUAUGAAUAUAAUCCGGUCUGUCUAUCCAACAAGGUAAUCAAAUAGUCCUUUAUAUUUUUAAGUUUAUUUUUAUUUUAUAUUUAUAAAAAGUUCUGUUUAAUUAUUCAUUAUUUAUUGGAAGUCGUAAGUGGCUAUAGUGCUUAACCUUGUGGCUUUGUAAAUUCCUCAGGUUGUUAAUAAAAUGUAUAGAC